CGCGUUUCCUAGGACGCCAAGAUGGACGCUCUCCGGGCCCGGGAGCAGCUACGGAGACGAUACCUGUUUGCGCUCGACGCCGAGGCGUCGCUGGACGGCGAAGGCUACGCCAGGCAGGGAGCCUCUGCAGCUGUUGAGAAAAAGCAGAAACCUCUUCCAAGACUUAAUAUCCAUUCUGGAUUUUGGAUAUUGGCCUCCAUUGUUGUGACCUAUUAUGCUGAUUUCUUUAAAACUAUUAAAGAAAACUUUCACACCAGUAGCUGGUUCCUCGCUGGCAGCGCCCUGCUGCUUCUCAGCCUGUCCAUUGCGCUCUUCUGCAUCCUCUACCUGGAGUGGUACCGCGGGGUUGGGGAUUACGAUGCCCGGUACCCGGCCCUGAUACCCCUCACGACUGCGGCCUUUAUCGCAGCGGGGAUUUGCUUCAACAUCGCUUUAUGGCCGGUGUGGUCAUUUUUCACUCCGCCGCUGCUGUUUACCCAGUUUAUGGGAGUUGUCAUGUUGAUCUCACUCCUCGGGUGAUUGCGAAAGGUUCAAAGGCAGGAGAAUGUGAAGUGGAUGAUGAGCAUCCAGCUAGCUGAAAGCAUCCCAAACGUGGAAAAGCUACAGUGUCUUUUUGCACCUUGAAGUGAGUGGCUUUCUGGGAAAAAUGGCCACUUCAUCGAACCGUGGUUGAAAUCAAAGUAAACUAUCUCUUUUAAGCAUUCUCAAACCCAAGUGAUGAUUGAAUUUUUCAGAUUCAACAGAGGAAUAUUCUCUUCAACACAGGAAUGACCGAUUUGCAGUGCUAAUCUGUUUGAAUCCUUGGAGAGAGUACUGGUGUAGAAAUUUAGGUGAAGUUUCAUGAUAGAUGCAUCAUGCACUCCCGACACCCCAGACGGCUCCUCACUCCGCGGGGAAGGGGCGGCCGUCGGUUGUGGAGGACGGCUGGGUGCGCGCCCGCGCCUGCGCCUGCGCCUUCAGCCCGGCCUCAGCGCCCACCCCAGGCCCCGCCUUUCUGGCGCUUCCUCGGGCGUGGGAGGGCCAGCGGGGCGUGUCCUACGCAUUCCCUUGUGCAUUCCCGAUGAUAACUCUUUAGGUUUCAUCAUCGUGUAAAUGAUGGGUCUUAGCAUGUCUAACACAUGAGCUUUGAAUGAUUUUUAGGUAUGUAUGAUUGUUCCUGAGCAUUUAAAUAAAAUAUUUUUGUAACUUU